AAGUUGAAAGUCACACUUCUCUCUCUCUCUCAUACACAGGCAGCUUCUCUCUCUAUAUCUACACACACAUACAUAUAUACGUACCUAUUAUACAUAUAUAUAUAUUUAUGGAGAGAGACACAGAGAAAGCGGACAUGCAAAACCCAACUGCUGAUGUUCAAUUUCCGUCAUCAACUCCUCCUACUUUUGACCCUUCAGACAUCGUCCCACUCCCACUCCAAUCCCAUGAUCCCACCCUUAUUUGUUCACUACUUCUCUUUGUUUUUUCCUGUCUUUUGAAUUCAAUUCUUCUGUUCCGUGCUUCACAUGGCAGAGAUUGAAUUCGAGGCGGUGUUGAAAUUCUUGAGGGAAAAUGGCUUAUCGGAGUGUGAAUCAGCUCUCAUGGAGGAUGUCAUGGAGAAAUCUCAACAGGGCUCCUCUGAUUUCGCCAAGUUCUUCUUUCCCAUGGUGCCCCCGCCUCCGCCGCUGAGAAUUCCGCCCACUCGGAGGCCACCGCCGCAUGAGUUCACUGACGGUGGUGGUGAUAGGAGCUCAAAGGGUUCCUCUGAUGAUGAGUUUGUGAGUUUGGGUUCUUCUACUGCUGAAUUAUGUUUUUCUGGUGAUUUCACAAAUCCUUAUGGGAUUGGUGCCAGCCAACCAGCUUCACAAUCUUCAUCGGAUAGAUUGUCUCAGUUUGGCACAGCUCGGGAUUAUCCUGAUUUUGAUUUGCAAAAUGACUUGUUCUGGUACAAGGAGAAUGAUGAAGAUUAUGCAAUGCCGCCGUUCUUUGGCGACAGAGAUUUCGAUGCUGACCCAAGUGAAGAUAAGUUUGUAAUGACUGUGCGAACGGGAGUGCCUGUUGAACAUGAACUGAAAUAUAGUUUGAUUUCUGAAGAAAGCACUAACUUUUUGGAAAAUGGACGGGCUUUAGCUUCGAGAGAUGACUUGAAAUAUGAACCUUGUAAAGAUUAUUAUGAAUUGGAUGAGAAGUUUCAACUUGAAAAAUGUGAUAAGAAGUGUGAAGAAUAUUGCAAUGGUUAUAGCUGUUCAGUCCCUCUCUGUGCUUGCUGCAGCAGUGUGGGUAGGAUUUAUGAAGGUGAUCCUGCAAAUUACAACCUCGAAAAUCUAAAGGUGAUGGAUUUACACGACUAUCAGUCGGGUCCAUUAGGAGAAGAACACACCAUAAUUGAGACUAACGUCUCCAACCAGAGGAGUUCUACGAGUGAUUGUAAUGGUGGUUUCAGCAGCACGCAUGACUCGAGUAAUUUCAAGAAAGAUUGUCAGUUAAAAGAAGACAACAACGUCGAUUUCAUGGAUGAUGAAGUCAUUGCUGACGAAACCCACGAUGCUGAAGCCUCGAUAGAUGAAGAGGAUGGUGCUAUCCCAGACGAACUCAUGAUCUAUGGCAACAAGGGAGAUAAUUACGAGAUAUUCAACCUGAGAAUUAUACAUAGGAAAAACAGGACUGGAUUUGAAGAGAACAAGGAGCUUCCUAUUGUUCUGAAUAGUGUCAUAGCAGGAAGAUAUUGUGUUACGGAAUUCCUCGGAUCUGCUGCUUUCAGCAGAGUUGUCCAGGCCCAUGAUCUUUAUUCAGGGAUGGAUGUUUGCUUAAAGAUCAUAAAGAAUGACAAGGACUUUUUUGAUCAAAGCUUAGAUGAGAUCAAACUUCUAAAGUUUGUUAACAAACAUGAUCCUGCUGACGAGCACCACAUUCUACGUCUUUAUGAUUACUUCUACCAUCAGGAGCAUCUGUUUAUCGUCACUGAACUUCUGCGAGCUAACUUGUAUGAAUUCCAGAAAUACAACCAAGAAUCUGGUGGGGAGCCAUAUUUUACUUUGCACAGGCUGCAGGUUAUAACUCAACAGUGUUUGGAGGCGGUAUUGUAUCUGCAUGAUUUGGGAAUCAUCCACUGUGAUCUAAAGCCAGAGAAUAUUCUGAUCAAAAGUUACCGAAGAUGUGAGAUAAAGGUUAUUGAUCUUGGAAGCAGUUGCUUUCAGACGGACAACCUAUCCUUGUAUGUACAAUCUCGUUCCUAUAGGGCUCCUGAAGUUAUGUUAGGCCUCCCUUAUGACCAGAAGAUUGACCUGUGGUCCAUUGGCUGCAUUUUGGCCGAGUUAUAUUCUGGGGAGGUACUUUUUCCAAAUGAAGCCGUUGUAAUGCUGCUCGCACGCAUGAUUGGGCUGCUUGGUCCUAUUGACAUGGAUAUGCUACAGAAGGGCCAAGAGACACACAAAUAUUUUACAAAAGAAUAUGAUCUGUAUUAUAUAAAUGAGGAAGCAAAUCAGCUGGAGUACGUUAUCCCCGAGGAGUCGUCACUGGAGCAUCACUUGCAGAUAUCCGAUCCUGAGUUCCUCGACUUUUUAAGGUACUUGCUUGAGAUCAAUCCCGAGAGACGCCCAACUGCAAGAGAGGCGCUACAGCAUCCGUGGCUUUCCCAUUCAUAUGACGUUUGAGGUCAAUUCUUGCUGAACUGUUUCUGGUCGAGUGAGUUUCUCUAGAGAUAUUCCAGCAUCACUUUGAAGUGUAUCGUCCCGUUAAUUGGGAGGAUCAUAUAUAUUGCUCUAUGCUGAUUCUUUUCCGCUACACUAUACCUGACCGUUCACACUCUGCCUUACAUUGAUUGAUUUACAGUUUUGUAGGAUUAGACUAUCAUUCCUUGAAAUGUAAAUACCAUUCUUAUCAGUUAUGAGAUAAAACACGAGCGAUUGCUGCGGUCAUCCAUCCUUACAUGUACUUUCCACAUGUGACACAACAGCAGAUAUUGAUAUGUUUUGUGUCUAUACAUUUUCUGAAACAUAUGUUUCUUGGGAAACCUGGUUCUCGCUGUUGAGAAUUGGACAACAUGAGUUUGCUUGUUUCUUGAAUCUUGCAUCAACUUGAUCUCCCUUCUUGUUCCAGACGUCGACUCUGUCUACAGCCGAUCUGCAGGUCGUUAGUUCUGCCCGAACCGAAAAUGACUAGUUCGCAGGUCAAUUUCCGAAGUCACGAACACGGUCAGUAGCGUAUAUGAUCUGAAAAUCCAAGUCUUUUUGUGCAUGUAUGAGACACGGUUUUUGCAGUGAAGUCUUCUCUGUGAUGCAGACUUGACUUGUCUGAUUUUGUCUUUUUGAUCGGCAUUGAUAGCUCUUGUAAGUUGUACCGUAGUACAACGUUUUUUGAUCCAUGGAACGAUGAUUAUUCUACUCGUAACUCCUUUUCUG